GGCAUAUCCUCAUACCAUGCACCACAAAUGCAGAAAGCCGUAAAAACAUCCGAGUUUAGACGUGGGAACGCCCGAUCUGGCAACCCGAGACAUUCCGGAAUGGAGGAGGGGUCGGAGGGGCAGCGCAGAGGACCGCCCCGGAGCGACUACAUGAACUUUGUCACAAAUUUCACCGAGCUGCCUUAUUUCCACGCCCUGUGCUCGUCCGUGGCAGAUGUCAGUCGUGUGUCCUCCUCCCACUGUGGAACAUGUACGUGUUUUUGACCGCCGUGGCCGGACUGCUGCUCCUGGCCCUGCCGCUCGUGCAGACCCGCUUCCCCUACCUGGGCCAGGACUUCGCCUACAUUCUGAGGAGCAUCAAACUGGGGAUCAGACUCACCAAGUACAAGAAGGUCCAGCCUUUCUACAGCAUCCUGGACUGUUUUCUGGAUGCGGUCCGGUCCCAUCCAUCCAAGGUGUUUGUGCACUUUGAAGGCCGCGCGCACACGUACGAGGAGGCGGAUAAACACAGUAACAGGGUGGCACGAGCCCUGCAGGCGGAGGUGCGCCUCCAGGAGGGGGACCCCGUGGCCCUGUUCCUGCCCAAUGAGCCCACUUUCAUCUGGGUUUGGCUGGGCCUGGCCAAACUGGGCUGUCCGGCUGCUCUGCUCAACUUCAACAUCAGAUCCAAGUCUCUGCUGCACUGUUUCUCCUGCUGUGGGGCCAAAGUGCUCCUCACAUCCCCAGAGCUGCAGGAUGCUGUGGAGGAAGUUCUACCUACUCUGAAGGAGCAGGGGAUCAGUGUGUACCUCCUGUCAGAGACCUGCAGCACCCAGGGCAUCAGCACCCUGUCCGACAAGAUCCGCCAGGCCUCAGACGAGCCCCUGUCCCGGGACCUCCGAGCCAACGUCAACAUUAAGAGCACAGCACUCUACAUUUACACAUCAGGCACCACAGGUUUGCCUAAGGCAGCUAUUGUCUCACAUGAGCGGGUUUGGGCAGCGUCCUUCAUCCAAGCAGUGUGUGGAGUCACAGAAAACGACAUCUUCUACAUCAAUCUGCCGUUGUAUCACAGCGCUGGCUUCCUCAUCGGGAUGGCUGGUGCCAUCGAGAGAGGCAUCACCAUCAUUUUGCGAAGAAAGUUUUCUGCCUCUCAGUUCUGGGACGACUGCAGGAAGUAUAAUGUGACGGUGAUGCAGUACAUCGGUGAAACCAUGCGUUAUCUCUGCAACACGCCCAAGAAAGACAAUGAGAAGGACCACAAAGUGAGGGUCGCCAUCGGUAACGGAGUCAGGACAGACAUUUGGUCGGAGUUUCUGAGCCGCUUUGGGGACAUUAAAGUCAGAGAGUUAUACGCUGCCACGGAGGGAAACAUCGGGUUCAUCAACUACACAUCCAAGAUCGGGGCAGUUGGACGAGUUAACUUUGUUCACAGGUUUUUCUUCCCCUACACUCUGAUCAAGUUUGACAUUGAGAAGGAGGAGCCUGUCAGGAACGCAGAUGGUCUGUGUGUUGAAGCAGCUCGAGGUGAGACGGGUCUUCUGGUGGGAAGGGUCACUCAGAGGUCUCCAUUUAUUGGCUACGCCGGCAACAAGCAGCAGACUGAGAAGAAGAGACUCCGUGAUGUCCUGAAAAAGGGCGACUUGUACUUCAACACUGGCGAUUUGCUCCGGUUUGACAGUGAAAACUUUGUGUACUUUCAGGAUCGUGUUGGGGACACUUUCAGAUGGAAAGGAGAGAACGUUGCUACAUCAGAGGUCGCAGAUAUUCUAACAAUGGCUCAUUCCAUUUUGGAGGCAAAUGUUUAUGGUGUAAAAGUUGAAGGUCACGAGGGACGCAUCGGCAUGGCAGCUGUCACCCUGAAAGAAGGGGAAGACUUCGACUGUUUAGACGCCUACAAACAAGUCGUCAACUACCUCCCAGCGUACGCACGACCCCGCUUCAUCAGAAUCCAGCCCUGCUUGGAGAUGACAGGGACGUUCAAGAUGAAGAAAGUGAAGCUGGUGGAGGAAGGUUUCAACCCAGCGAACAUCACAGAUCCUUUGUAUUUCCUGGAUCCUGAGAAAAAGACGUACGUUCCCCUCACCGAAGAGAUUUACAAGGCAAUCGCUUCUCGGGAAAUCAAACUCUAACAUGGACACUAAAGGUUGUUCGUCAUCACCCGUGGAUUCUUAACAGUGGACUAAUCUCAGGGACAGACUGACUUUGACUCAUCAUCAGUUUUUAUUAAUACAACUACUGUGCAUCUGUUUUACCGUGAAAAAUUAAAAUCUGGUCAUCUUUUAUACAGA